UCUACAUCCAAAAAAGUAAAACUAGAAGUUCUAUUUUUUUUUUCUCUCGCUAUUAUCCUCCCUCACCCGUCACGCCGCCGUCGCAGAGGAUCGUCACCUUCGAGUCCGCCAACUACGCCGCCUCCGCCAUCUUCGCCUCAGGUACGUUCCCCUUAAUCUUAUUUCCCUUUUUCUAUUCGACAUCCGCCUCUUCUCUCUCAUUUUCCUCGGUCAAGGCGACGGGUCCAGGUUAGGAUUUUGCGACUGCGGUGUGCGAUGGAGACUCAGUGAAGGCGGCGGGUGCUACGGACUACGGUUCGGCUAGGGUUUCAUAUCCGAUUUCUGCGUCUAGAUCUAGCUAGUGUGACAGGUCGCGGCGGCGUUGCGUUAAGUUACAGCUUUACAAGGGCAGGUGCGACGGCUAUGGAGUGAGUUACAGGAGAAGGUGCGGCGUCUGGGGGAUGGAGAGGGGCUGGUUGGAUAGGAGGGUCAUUGUUGGGACGGAAACAGUCACUGGCGUCAUUGGCGGCGGUGUCACUUGAUCGCUGGCGGUGGUGCAGGUCACUGGCGGCGAUGGAAACGGGUCACUGUGGCGGUCACCGGAUUAGUUGAUCACUGGAAAAUAGGUAACUGACGUGGUCACCGGUAGCGGUCACUGGCUAACAGUGGAUACUGGCCGGCAUUGGGCACUGUCUGAUGAAGAUAGCAAUAGAAGGAUGUAUGCAUGGAGACCUAGACAAUGUUUAUGCUACCUUAUUACACUUACAAGAUGUGGAGAAUAUGAAGAUUGAUCUUCUGAUAUGCUGUGGUGACUUUCAGGCUGUUAGGAACAAGAAGGAUCUUGAAAGUUUAAAUGUGCCACACAAGUACAGAACCAUGAAUUCUUUCUGGAAGUAUUACUCAGGAGAGAAAGUAGCACCAUUCCCUACUAUUUUCAUAGGUGGCAAUCAUGAAGCUUCUAAUUACUUGUGGGAGCUAUAUUAUGGAGGGUGGGCAGCACCUCAAAUAUACUUUCUUGGAUUUGCUGGAGUAAUCAAGUAUGGCAAUAUUCGUAUUGGGGGCCUCUCUGGAAUAUAUAAGUCAAAUGACUAUGGUCUGGGACAUUUUGAAAAGCUUCCUUAUAAUGAGCGAGGUAUUCGAUCCAUAUAUCAUAUUCGUGAAUAUGAUGUUCAUAAGCUUAUGCAAGUUGAAGAACCAAUUGACAUCUUCCUUUCACAUGACUGGCCCUUGGGUAUAACUGAUCAUGGAGACGUGAAGAGUCUACUUCGUCAAAAACCAUUUUUCAAGGACGAGAUUCGUGAAAGAACUCUGGGUAGUAAACCUGCUGCAGAGUUAUUGGAAAAAUUGAGGCCAUCCUAUUGGUUUUCUGCUCAUCUGCACUGCAAAUUUGCAGCUUUAGUUCAUCACGGUGAGGAUGGCCCGAUCACCAAGUUUCUUUCUCUUGAUAAAUGCCUCCCUGGCCGGAAAUUUUUGCAAGUUAUUGAAAUUGAGUCAGACCCAGGGCCACAUGAACUCCAGUAUGAUGAAGAAUGGCUAGCAAUUACAAGGAAGUUUAAUUCUAUCUUGCCGCUGACAAAAAGGCGUGCAAAUUAUAGCAAUGCACGAUAUGACCUCCAAGAAUGUCGCCAUUUUGUAAGGAAGAAACUUCAACCAAGAGGAACAAAACCUUUCGAGUUUGUCCGCACUGUGCCGUGCCACAAUUCUAGUCAACCUUCUGAUAGUGGUUCCUUUUCUGGACACUGUCGAAAUCCACAAACUGAAGCUUUAUUGCAGCUCCUUGAACUUGAAUAUCUUCUUGAUGGAACGUCGGAAUCAAGGGAACUUACUGGAAAUCCUGCUUCAUUUGUUUCUAGUUCAUUCGACUAUGGUACAGAAGAUAUGCCCAUUGAUGAUAUGGAUGAUGUAGAUGAUCCAGAAGAGGAGGAGAAUGACGGUAGAGAAACUGAAAGUGAACAAACAUAGAACUUAUUUAUUUGUAGAAAUCUAGCUGCAGUGUAAGUUCUACCAGUAGAAAGCGUUGUUUACUGUAAUUUUAAUGUGUAGUGAGAACUUGAUUUAGUCAUUUAGUGCAAUGGCAGUGGAGGAUAACAGUGGCAGGGAAGAUUGACAAAUAGACUGCCUGUUUUUAUGGCACUUUUCUUUGAAAAUGGUUCGAGAGACCGUUCUUCGGAUCCUCCUAUGCAUGCAGUGAGGAUAUAAUAUAUGGAGUAAUCUAUCUUAAUAUAAUAGCAAAAGGUUUUUUGGGGAACAAGUUUCCGCCAAAACCAUUCUAGGGCAAUUUAGUAGAGCUGCGUUCCAGUGCUUAGUGAGAGAAAAAGCCACCGGCCAUGUCGGAUGUGGAGCACCAAUUCGAGGAGAAGGGAGAUGCAGGGGCACCCAAGACCUACCUGCAGCAGGCUGGCACCAUCCACAAGGCCCUCUCUUUAUAUUCUUCUGCAGAUAAGCUCAUAAGCAUAUUGCAUCUGAUAGAUUCAUCAUGUCUUCCAUCUGAUAUCUGAUUUAUAACUCAUAGGUUUCUGUCUUGAAUCUUGAUGUUAAAUACUUUUCCCCAAUUUCCAGAUCUAAAACUCUUUUAGCUUUUAUUAACAUAUCAGUUAUCGCCUCUGUGUGUAAUCUAUCUAUGACAAAUGGAUAUACUUUAUGUUUCACGAGGAAUCUGCAAUCCGCCACUCACCUGGGCUUCAAACUGAUAAUUUAUUGUGGUGGAUCCGUGGAUGCAUGUAAAAUCUUGAUUCUAUUUUUUGGAGGAAAAAUAGU